GCGCCAAAUGUGGGACAGUAGCAACGUCAGUUAGCCAGCGAUUGUAAAUAAAGCAGCCUGGUGAAAAAGCUUUCCUUCAUACGGUAACAAACGUGGGCAAAAAGCUUAACUUACAGCAUCUGGAGAGAUUGUUGAGGGAUUAGUUCCAUGUGAUUGGAGUCAUAAGGUUUUAUAAGUCGAUGAGAACAUGAAAGUCCCACAAGAUGUUGACAUCUCACAAACAGAGAGGGAGCUCACGUCACCACCCUCCCCAAAACGAUCCAGACCUGAGUGUAGAGUGAUGAAUGACCACAGUGGGUUAAGCAGGUUCGACUUUCCAGAGCUUUUGACGUUUAGGAAAACUAAUCAUUCCCCAUCAUCAGCAAGUACCCUGCAGAAAACCGAGGGCCUGAUUAGCACACUUGAAUGUUUGGAAGAUGAGAAAUCUCAGGAGCGACCACAAGACACUAAGUCUGAUGUCAGUCCUAAUACUGCGUUGACUGAGAGCUACCUACUCCUGGGGAAAGAGGAGCAGCUUCCAGUUACUGAAACAGACAAACUCAGCUUUUACCAGUCAGAUGAUACAGAUAGUUCAUUAGGAGAAUCUGCCACCAUAGCCAGUACCAACACAUCCAGUCAUUCUGAUGGCAGGCUACCAGGGACAUCCCUUAAAGAUCAAACCCCUGGCGGUUGCAGUCCUUCCACUGGAAAUGAAAAAUACAGGAGACAGGUCCAAAAAAAUGUCAACGAAAUGCAGACAAGAAAUGAAGAGGUCAGAUGUCAACCUAAUUGUACUAAUAAAGAAUCAGUCCGUGACGGAGGUUUCUGUAGCACAAGGAGCCAAUUUGCUGAAGUUGUAGAGACGACUCAGAAGAGGACUGAACCUGAAUUUAAUGAGUAUAUUUUUUUUACUAAGGAAGAGAGUGGGAGUAAGAGAUCUUCCAGUGAUUAUGCAGAUUCUAAACCACUCUGUUCAGACCCUGUAGAAGAGCCCUCUGGGAACUUGGCAGAAGUUGGGAAAAAGGAAAAAAAUGAUUUAGGAUUACAGUUCUGUGAGAAGGAAAAUGUUUCUGUCUGUGAUGGGAAAACCGAAGGCCAAGUUAAUAAGAAAGGCCUCAUCCUUUUUGCUGCCGAAUGCGGUGAAAGAUCAAUUCUUUCUCAUGAUGUGAUGUUAGAAAGAAAUCCUGCAAAUGAGAGCACGAAUCUCGAUGUUGAUGACCUCUGUGGGGAAAAAAGAGCGGAUGGUGCUUGCAAGAUAAUAGCCAAAGCUCAGAGUGAAACAGCUGAUCACACAACAGUGACUACAUUGCCGGAUAGAAUCAGUCAAGAGCUGGCUGAAGGAGAUAAUGAUGAAGGCCCUUUCCAUGUAAUUGACCCUGCGAUCUGUAGUGAAACUGACAGGGAAGCUGAAGAAAACUGCUGUAACUCAGCAAGCGCUGCAGGUCCCAAAUUAUCUCCAUCAGUAGAAGUUGACACGAUGGAAAUGCCUCUUCCACUCCAUUCCCACAUGAGGCCAUCAGAAAAGGUUUCAUGUCCCGACCGGACAGAGUGCUUUAAUAAUGAAAGCAGGACAUGGCAUCAGGAAGGUGCAAACGAUGACUUCUGUCAGGCAGGACCACAGUCUUCUUCCAUCACCACCAAUGAAACACACACGACUUUCAUUGAAUGCGACUGUCAAUGGAAAUCCAGGUUCAGCAGGAGUCCUACAAAGCCUCUCCCUCCUGGGGAUCAUGCAAUAGAAGGAAGCCACGGUUCCAUGGGACAUGAGUUCAAAGAGCAGAGUCGCUCCAGCUGUUUUUCUGUCAGGCUUGACCACCUGGAGACGUCGGAAGUCGAACAUUCACAGAGAGGAAUUGACAGCUUGGACAUGACAGCUGUGAUAAAAGAAAGCAAAGAAAUCUUCUGUUUUGUGAAAGAAUUGGAAAUUAAUGAAUAUAUGAACCCAAAGAGAACAGUGGAGUUGGAGGAAAAACCUCUACUGCAGAAUGAACAGCACAAGGAUAACACAACUGAAGUACUUACUUGUGAUUGCAAGGCUGAGUGGAACAAGGGUGAAGCACAUGAAUGGGACAAUGAAUUAAAGCUCACCGAAACUGAACAAAGAAGCAAGCUCGAGCGUUUGUCUGACCAACCAUUCAGUGCUGACAUUUCCAUGACAGAAGUGGGAGAAGAGGAAAGAAAAGAAGUGACAGAAGUUGGAGACGAAAUGAAAAGUGAUGGGCCUGAAAACUCAGAGACAUUGGUGCAAUCUGAGGAUUAUGUUCAGCGGCAAAAUGACCACAAAGCAGACAUGACUCAACUGUCAUCUGGUGAAGGCGCUGACGAAUGGACAGAGUGGAGCAAAUUGCCCUUGGGAAGCGAAGAUGGACAAGAACACAAGCUUAGUUGUGUCUCUGAUUGCCAAGACAAAGCUGAAAAUAAAGCUGACUUUUUAGCCUUCAGUUUUUCUUCAACAACCGAUGCAGUCGUACCGUGUCAGGGCAAUUUAAGCCAUUCACAGAAGGCUCACAGUAAUCCCACUUCCAUAAACUGCAGUGACAGAUUUUCCCCAUUGCCAUCUGCUUUCUGUAACCUAGUGCCGGAGGGGUUUGACACUUUCGAAAAGAUCCAACUCUCACCAGAUGAUGAUGAUGACGCCACUGGAGUGGGCAACAUCCCUGUCCUCGUCCGCUUGCCCGGGCAGCGGCUGAAAACACCCGAGCGACUGCUAUACCACUUUAUGUCAGUGGCAGAAAGCAACAUGCAUGAGAGGAUACCAGAAGAGGAGGAGGAGUGUAUCACUGAGAACAUGGCAAACAGGCUUCUUAGCAGUAAUUCUGCCUGUAAUGAACUCCCAAACUUCAUCUUAGGAGCAGAUGCCAUUGCUCUCGAAUGGCCUGAGCGAGAGCCUAACUGUGAAUCGGUCUGUGAUUCCUCUGAGCACAUUCAGGAUGAAUUAAACCCAGAGUUAAUGUCCUCUACUGUUUCCGCUGAGAGUGACAGCCCUGCCUCUGGUGUGAACAGCUGUGCUGAGUUUGAAAUGAAAAACCAGUUCGACUCGGUCUUGAAAGAGCUGAAUUUGUUUUUUGAGAUCAGUAGAAAUGACUUUGAAAAUGACUGCAAACCAGACUUUAUCUCACCUGAGCAGUGCACUGACAGAACUAAAGUCUUGGAAGGCAGCGCUUCAGAACGGACAGAACGUCUCACCAGUCCAGACGUGGGACGCCACAGAGGCGCCGCAUCAGAUGAUGUUGCCGAGGACCACAGCCUGCACAUGUGUGAAGGUGAUCCAGUGGUUUCUCGGACUGCUGUCAGUAGUGACGGAGAGCAGGAAGUGCCUCUUAGCGGACACCUGUGCUGGGAAGCACCUGUUGCAGAGAAACACAGAGGAGCACCUGAGCAGCCCAGGAGACUAGAACCGCUGAAAACAUGUGCACGGCCAAUCCGGGUUGGACUUUCAAAGAGAGCCAAGACCAAACACCUGCACCGGCCCCGCCCCUAUAAGUGAACAUUGGACAUGCAAUCAAGGGUGAGCGGUGUGUGAGUGUAAACAACCUCGUUUGAAGCUUUUUGAUGCAGUGUUCAAGAACUCGAGGGUUAUUAUCGGAUUUACAGCGUUCCUGUUUUUUCUUCUGCAUCAAGUCGCUGUUUUUUUUUCCCGAGUUGUUGAGGUUUCUGUACAUUUUAGUUCCCCCUUUAUCCAAAGAUGUUUCGAUCCAUAAAAUAUCCUGACAAGGAUCCGUUCUCAGUAUUUCUCCACAUUGUCCAAGCCGGAAAAAUAUUCAGGUUUUUAAUGACAAAACGUUCAGGUGUUUAUGUAUUUAUUUACUUAUUCAUAUGCAGAAUUUAUCUGCUUCUUUCUAGCUGACAGUGUGGGUAUGGUGUGCUAUUUUUGCAUUUUUUUGUUACUGUUGUCCUGAGCAGUUCUCCUGUUGCUUAGCUGGAGUUCAGUACUGAAACUGUUUUAUUUAUUAAAAUAUGUUAUUUAUUAAAAUAUGUUUCUGAUGUCCACACUAUGCAUGGCUGUAUCUGUUGGAAAACUCUGAUCCAUGAUUUGUACAGUUUUCCUUGUUUUAAUGUUAUUCCAUCAUUAGUGGCAGUUUCCUGCAGUGUUAUUAAAACUUGAUCAGAUUGUUGCUUUUUCUU